AUGGCCGACGGAGUCCUAUCACCGCCAAACCUCCUGGCAGCAACCACUCCAGAUCCACUCAACAUGAACACCCCGGACUUUUCUCUCACUCCGUCCACGGCAGCCACCACGGCCAUUGCCACACCCAACUCACUCCACCACAUCCCACAGUCCUCAGCAGCCAAGCCUGCGAAGAAGCGCAAGUCAUGGGGCCAGGCUCUUCCUGAACCCAAGACCAACCUGCCGCCUCGUAAGCGGGCCAAGACUGCCGACGAGAAGGAGCAGCGUCGCAUCGAGCGUAUCAAGCGCAACCGCGCUGCUGCACACAACUCCCGUGAGCGCAAGCGUCAGGAAGCCGAGCGUCUCGAGGUCGAGAACCACGCCCUCAAGCAGCAGAUCAACGCCCUGCAACAUCAACUCGCCCAGAAGGACGUCACCCUUGACAAGUGCAAGGACAUGAUCCCCGGCGGUCUUCCCCAACUUACACAAGAAGAACUGGCCAGCAUCAAGCUGCAGGAAGAAAGCAUCGUCUCUCCUUCCUCAUCAUACGACACCAUCGACCCCCGUGCCUCGUUGGCACCCUCAUCCGUCAACGAAGAUUACAUGACGCCAUCAGUCAAGAUGGAGCCCAUGUCGCCGGCUUCUCAGAUGCACAUGCCACCUUCGGCUGUCCACCGAACAAGCAUCUCGCUCGACACGACACAACAUUCUGCCGCAAUGUUGUGUGACCUGCAGUACUAUGCUCUAUUUGAUGCAUCUGAACCUCAUGAUCUUCUACCGGAGCCUAAUGAUAGCUUCGUGGACUUUAUGGCCGACUCGUAUGGCCACGAUGAUGAAGCAGGCCUCAGCAGCCACUUUGACAAUCUCAUCGAGUAUGACGACCUCAACUCCAACUACACGACCAACGCCACGACGACCGACGGGCCCGACGACAUCUUCAACCUCUCUAGCUUUGGUCUCAAGGACGCUUUCCUCACUCCUGAACUUACUCUCGCAUCGGCUCCCAACCUCAGCGACUUCAGCGCAACUUUUUGCGACGGGUCCUAG